AUGGCCAGACGCAAUUGUCUGAAAAGUAUAGAACUUCCUGAGCUUCCAAGGAAAUAUGACGAAUCAUUCGACCCCAGUGGUUGGUGCCAAUAUGUCAGGCUGAAGCCGCAAGUCAGCGAAAAGCCACGCAGGCCCUGCCGCUCGACCCCACCUGGGUGCAGGGAAGACGCGACGCGGGGACGCCGCUACUUGAGACGCGAUAUCUUCGAACUUCCACCAAUUCCAGUUGAAAACUGCAUUGACAAGCACUCACGAUUCAUAGAGACUACAAUCGGCUGUAUCGACUUUCAUGACUUUGACAAAAGGAAAUACUUCAGAAACUUUCAGGGAAGGCACGAUUUGGAUAUAAUUCGGCGGUCCGUACCCCUUAAUUUGUGCGAAGGUUAUCCUGGUGCGACAAUGAGAUACUUUGCCUUAAACUGGCCGGAAUAUUGCAUAUUUGCCUUUACUGACACCCACAUACCGAUCGGAGUCAUCAUGGCACUUCAAACGGAGCCGGAAAUGGCACGAAUCGUCAUGUUUGCCGUCGAACGGAGAGUCGAUCACAAAGGCGUCUGUAAGUGCGCGUUGUGUUUCUCAAGGUGA